AGCAGUUUCACAACAAAAUCCCAUUGAUUAACGAAAAAAAGGAAUUGGUGAUGAAAAAGAUGUUUACCAAAGGUUGGUCAGUUUCCUACAUGCUGCAAAACCGCAUUGAAACACUGUUUCAUCCUUACAAAACAUUGGGAAAAUCUUCAGGUGACAAGGGUAAGUUACCUGGUUUCGCUGUCAACAACAACAACCAAGGGCUGAGAUUCAUUAGCAACAAUAUGGGAUUCUGGAGAAAAGUCGAUACUAACAUUAGCGCUAUGAAGGAUGUGAGGGAAAAUGAUCACAGCCCAGCAGGUGCUGGUUCAGGUCUUCCAUGGUGCAGCUUCUCACGCUGGGCAAGAUGCCUUUUGGGAGCUGUGUUAGGUUUCUUUUUUCCACUCUGGAAGGUACAAUGUGCCAAUUUAAAGAGGUUUGAAGGAGAAGCAGAGAUGGUGGUGGAAGGGGUGGAAACGGUGGCGGAAGUGGUGGAAAAGGUAGCAACGGCGGCGGAGAAAGUAUCAGCUGAGGUGGCGGAAAAGCUUCCCGAUGAUAGCAUGCUGAAAAUUGCAGCAAUGGAGGUGGAACAUGUUUCUGAAAUAACUGCCCAUGAUGCUCAUGCCACUACACACUUCAUUCACCAGGUUGAAGAAAUAAAGCAUGAGUUGGAUGAUUUGGUUAACAAAGUUGGAGAAGCAAGGACCCCAAAAAAUUGAUUCAUAGGGUGGGCCGAGCUUUUGCAAACACAAAGUCAUACUUAAGCUUGAUUUGAAUCCAACCCAGGCCAUGAACACCUCUAGCAGUGUCUAGAUUUAUUGUGACUUAAAUCUCGUCAUGUGUGGGUCCUAUCCAGAAUUAUUUGAGUCUAAAUAGAUUAUAUCCUAUUUGUGUUUUGUAAUGUUUAAUUCUAUUUAUAGUAAUGGUGAUGUAAAAUGAUACAAGAGAAGAGACGACUACGUCUAUUUAUAGGUUAAAAAUUCACCAACUGUUGUUUUUCUA